AAACUUCUUUGGCUUUCCUGUUAGCACACCAUUGCCACAAACACCUCAGGCUACUUCAACUACAGGCAGCUCCACUCAAGGUCGCUGCAAGAUAAAAGGAAUUAUCAAGCGCUCUCCUGAGCCAUCAUCAAGUAGUGGGAAGUCUGGGAGAAAGCGGCUGUCAGAUGCAGAGAGAUUCCUAAGAGACAACCGUGAGUAUUACCACUUCCAAGAAACUACUGAAAGAUUGCGGAGAUCAACUUGCUCCUCAGCAGAAAAGGAGAAAUAUGGAAAUGGUGAAGAUGCUGGUGCACAAGGCUCAAAAGAAUAUAUUAACAGAAAGGAAGAAAUCAAAUCCAAAGAUAGCCCCUCCUCCUCAUGCUCUUCUCCAUCUCCCUACUUGACCAGGACUCGACAUGCAGUCUGUGGGGACAGGAGAGUAACCAGGAGUGCUGGAGGGAUCCAUGGAAGGUGCAGAGACAAAAGUGUUGCUAAAGAAAAAGAGAAAGAAAAGGAAAACAUUAAGGAAAAGGAGAAAGAACAAGUAAAAGAGAAAGAUAAGGAUCCUGCAAAGGAGAGAGAAAAGGAUCAUGCAAAGGAGAGAGAAAAGGAUCAUGAGUAGAGAAAGAGAAGGAAAGUGACAAUGCAAAAGAGAGAGAAAAAGAAUGUUUGCAAGGUAAUGUAAAAGUAGAUUCUGGAAAAGAAAAGGAAAAGGGCACAGUAAAAGUGGGAGAGAAAGACAGUAGAGAAUUGAAAGAGGACAAAGACAAAGAAAAUUUACCAGGGAA